GGCCGGGCGGGGCCGGCGGCAUCGGGGCGCGGAGCGGCCCUGCCCGAGGAGGCGGUGGGGCGGCGAGCCUGCUGUUCACAUCGCGUUCUGUCAGAUGUACUUUGGCACACAAUGAAACGUAGGCAACCUCAGCCUUUAACUUUGAGCUGGAGGAGGUCGAGCUGUUUAUCUUCGGUUAAAGAAAGCAAAACUGCAUGGGAACUUUGUGCUGUAGCAGAACGUUAGUGUCCAGGCCAGACAACAAAUUAAGAUUCAAGCACCCUUUAAGGACCAAUGUACCCAAAUAGCUCAUGGAAGAAAAAAAUCAAACCAGAACAUCCUUGGUUUCCAGGCUACCGAAAUAUGGGACGAAAACUUUAGGGAGUGUCUUACAACCUGUGCCCAACGGGACGGCCGUUAACUUAGCAGGGAGUCAUGGGGGCAAAAAUUUCGGCAAGCACAAUGGCACUGGCCGCGUGUCUUCCUUCUCUUUCAACUGGAAAAAAUCUAACAGAUAUCAGCUUAACGAUCAAAAUGGGAGAGAGGCCAACUCUAAACGCAACUGCAAUGAGAAAUUAAUCGAUUCUGAGAAGUAUCCUCAAUCUCAAGGAGCAUUGGGCAACGAUGAGCUCAGGGUGGGUUUGAACAGUCCCGCUUCGGUUGCGUCAAAAGCAGCAAAGCAAACCAAUAUGUUCGUAUCUUCUACCGAGGACUUAAACCCAAAGUCUUUACCUGGACUCUCUGGUUCAGCUAAAUUCACCAAAGGUACCCUGCCAGGAAGGACCUCGUAUUCUGGACUCAAUGCUCCAAGAUCAAAUUUAAAUGGAUUUUAUGGAAACAGGCCGGUGGUAGGUUUGCAGAGACCUAGAGCUAAUUCCAGUGCCACAAGGACAAGUUCAGGAGAAAGCCUAGCACAAUCUACAGACAAUAGCAAGGCUUUUUCCUGUGAAAAAAUGGUAAGAUCACAAAGUUUUUCACAUUCCAUUCAGAAUUCUUUCCUUCCCACUGCAUCUCUAACCAGGUCACAUUCCUUUAAUAAAGCUGUGGAUCUUACAAGGCCUUAUCAUAGUCAAAAUCUGGCUGCCAGGACGUCUCAGAGGUCUACUUUGCUGUCAAGAAACGCGUGUCAGUUGGAUGUACCCAAUGGAAAUGAACCGAUGAAGUAUGGGUUUACCAGACCAUACUCUGGUGUGGCAGCUCCUUGUUCCAAGAAACCCCCACUGUCAAAUGGAUCUGGGUCAGCACCUUCCUUUGGAUACAGAUUAAGUCGUCCUUCUCUGCUCAAGCCUACCAGGCAGCACUUUGCUGGGAAUACUGCUGUGGAUGGCAGCAAAAGUACCUCUCCUGACACACAUACCGUGGAGAGCUCUGAAAUUUCAACAAAUAUUAACAGAGCAGUUGAGAAAAACAGUAUUAUAGAGAACAGCGCUCAAAGAACAGGAUCUGACGAGGGCCUGCAUGAAAGUCUGGGAAAACAUGGGUCAAAAGUCAUGUGUAUGAGCGAUGAUGGAGAUGAAAUAUCUAUAUCUUCUUUGUCGUCCUCUGAAAAGAAUGAUUUGAGCGAAGAUUUCAGUGAUGACUUCAUAGAUAUAGAAGAUGCAAACAGAACUAUACAAAUACAGCAGAAGGAGAGCUGCCUUCAGGAAUUAGAGCACGGGAGCAUCACGUCCAUUGAGCCGUUCACGUCUCUCAAGGAAAGUGGAGGAUCUCGCUGUAAUGCUGAUGAGUGGCUUGAUAUAAAUGUGUCUGCAGUGGAUGACAACAGCGAAAGCACAAAACAUACUACCGAGAAUGUCAUUUCUUCAGAGAUGAACUAUAGAGCUGGGUCCUCUUUUGAGCUUUCUCCAUCUGACAGCUCUGAUGGCACAUAUAUGUGGGAUGAAGAAGGGUUGGAACCUAUAGGAAGCGUCCAUCCGUGUGGAAGUUACGACUCUUCGGAGAUGAACAGCAUAGAUAUCUUGAAUAAUCUUGAUUCAUGUGAUCUUGAAGAUGAUGAUCUUAUGCUUGAUGUGGACCUGCCUGAGGACCCACCUCGUGACAAAGAGGAAUGUGAAAAUAUGAGCCGUUAUGAUAGACAAGACAGAAAUGCUAGACAGCAUCAGGAAGGAUUCUGGAAAAGAGCACCGCAGCAGCGAUGGAAUGCACAGGAUCACUAUCAUCUUGGUCAUACUGAUCAAUAUAUCCAUGGUAAAAAUGAUUUGAACAGGGGAUCAAACUACCGGGAAUCUCCUGUUGGUCACUUGGAAAGCUACAGAGCACCCAAUUUGUACCAGGCUCCCCGCCAGCUGGGGGGUUUACCGGAGAAUACUGUGAUGCUGGAUGAAAUGACCCUGCGGCACAUGGUCCAGGACUGCACAGCUGUCAAAACUCAGCUGUUGAAGCUCAAGAGGUUACUGCACCAGAAUGAUGACAGUGUGUUGCUCCAGGACAUCAACCUCUCAGUUCCAUCGAGUCCAGAACCACAAGAACCUGAGUCCACUUUUAAGAUGGACGAUCUGCUGAAUGAGAUCAGGCAGCUCAAAGAUGAACUGAAGAAAAAGGAUGAAACAAUCAGCCAAUUAGAGCAUCAGCUUGCCACUAGAUGUAACUGCCAGAAGGACAGUCAAAAACCUGCAGGGGCAUCGCGCGCGCACGCUGAUAAAUUCACGCAGACCUCGUGGAGGAGGAGUUCUGGUGGGUAUUCUGCUCCCUCCUUCUCUCCCUGGCAGGGCUCAUUCCAGGGCAUCCCUCGGACUGUUCCACCGCACCGCAGACAGAGAGUUGAGAAGUUAGUCCAUUACUUCUGUGAUAAAGCGUGCCUCAAGUACUACAGCCUUCCAGCAGCCUUCCCAGUUCCACAGACCUCGCCCAGGGAAAACUAGUAAAAAUGCCACAUAUCGAGGCCCACAGUGAAUAUCCUAAACAUGAUCUGCAUGAAAGUAGCAAUCAUCAGAAUCCAAAUGCUGCAAAUGUCUCUCUCCCAAAUAGCCUGAAUGAUGUAAACUCUUUGAUGAGCCUACAGUUAAACAUAAAAGAUGAAAAUGCAUCAUAUUUGGACAAUUUGAAAAACAAAACCACUGAAAAACCUGCAGAGGUGGUGAGUAAUAAAGAAGGUACAUUGCCAUCUCGUUCCCGUUUUCAGACCUCUACACGAGCUGAUGCCAGAGAGGUGCAGACUGAACUACCUGUGAAAGGUCAGCCCUCGUUCACAAACCAGGCUUCUCGGCCAAAGACUUUAAGAAUCGCAAAGCCCCCAAAUGCUUUAGUGCCUCCUACAAUGGCCGUUCUCAUACGAUCUGCAAAUCAUUCCGCUGCUUCCAAGGAACGUGAGAUUCUACCACUAAGUAGUUCAACUCAGCUACAGCCAACAUCUGGUCAGGAUAACCUAAAGGGUAAACAGAGUCAGAAAGUGUCUAAACUUCGCCCACCAACUAUGUCCUUUGUUAGAGCUAAGCAAGUGAGCGGUCAGAAAUCCACACCAGUAUCUCUGGAGCCUCAGAACACCUCUUUGAAGUCUAACAUCCCAAAGCCACUGGUACAGAGAAAGGAAAAUGUGCAAACACACCCCACCAGUUUGCAUUGUGGGGACAGCGUGCCCUCCAGCCGGCAUUCCCGCCUCCCCAAACCAAAGACGCACUGAGGACGUACCUACAUCUCCCCCAACGAUGCCACACAACAAACCACUUCCUGUGUCGCGACUGCCUUCAAGCCUGCUGGACCCACAGCCUGCAAAUCCCGAGUCCACGUGUCCACGUUCAAAACAGCAGCUUCUUUUUAGGGUUUGCACAUUCCACCCUGCGACGUUCUGAGGCUGUUGUUGUGAGCUGUGCAGUUGCUCUUGAGAGCGUUCUAUCUUCUCGUAGGUCUGUAAUAAAGAUUGUAUUGCGGUCUUAGUAAUUAAGCAAAUGCUGAAGUGCUGAAGUCUGUGGUGACCACAAAUGCCAGAAUGCUGCACUACCUAUUUCAGGAUGGCAGAAGUUAUUUCUUACCUCUGUUUCUUUGAGUUAUUAGACGAUGAAAUUGCUGUUCUGUUUAACUUCUUGGUUCUGAGUACUCGUUAGGUCAGAGUGGUGGAAAGUUAGACUUACUAGCAGAUGUUUUAUCGGCCAUAAUUCUGACUCUGUAUUCCAGAGGCCUAUGCAAAAAUCCUUGUAUUUAUCAUUAUCUCAAGACUGACAUAUUUAAUGUUAUUUAAUCUGAUGGGUUGGGUGGGUUGUGUUGUUUUUGUUUUGCUGUAAUCUGAAGUUGCUCUGUUCUUUAUUUAUCCCAUUUUCACUGUUCACUGACAUUAAGCAGAUUUCACAGGGUGAAACGAGUCUUCUCGCUUAAACAUCAUCAUUUGUUAAAAGAUUGUGGUAUGUUUUUAUUGUGUUGAAUGGACACAUUACCGGGUAGAUUCUUGAAAGGCAGUGCAAAGGAUACUUGUGCAAAACCUUCCAAUGCAGGCUCUUAUGAAUUGAUAAGUAGGGAGCCUCUGGGAAUAUGGGGUCCAUAACACCUAUGUUGAGGUUGCACAACAUGCAUUUUAAUUAAUAUUUUAAACUUUUAUUGUAUUACUUGUAUUUAUUGAGUUCUGUUUAAUAUCGAAAGGCUCUGAAGUACCUGACUUGAAAUUUUGCACAAACUUUGCCAUAUGUGUAAGAAUUUGAAACUAUUUUACAGAAUAAAACUUGUAUUAAAAAUGCAACUAUUUUUAAGAAAGGAAAAAAAAAUUAAUUAACCCCACUUAUUUGCUUUGAGCAAUCCUAUUAUGUUCUAAUCCAGAGCUGGUACUCUUAAGAGUUUUUCAGAGAUGUGUAUUUUGGUUUUGGGUUUCUGUAAUUUGUUUGUUUUUUUUUUUUUUUUUUGUAAUUUCUGAAGAAGUGCAUGAUAACUGGGAAGGAGCCUUUUGGGGAAAUAAAGCAAAAAAAAUCAACAUUUUUGUGCUCUUUAGGAGAAGUAUUUUUUCUGAAAGUAGUCUGGAAAUAUAUGCCCAUCAUGGUGCACUAUGGGACCAUGACAUGUCAUGCUAGUUAAACAUAUACAUAUCCAGUGAAGCUUUCCAGAAAUUUGAUGUUAUGUCCCAUCUACAAUUCUUCCCUUCUUUCCCAUGACUCUCUUUGAUGUUACUGGCUGGGUGGGGGGGUUUUUUUCUGUCCUUUAACCAGGGGUAUCCUGAUGGAAACCUCAGUUCGGUGAAGGAAAAAAGCACUCAUCUGAGUUUUCAGUGCAUAGUUAAUAUUCAAGAAAGUUUUUGAAUUUGUCGCACUAAUUUUUUUUUAACUGACAAUGAAGUGGAAAAAUUAAAAGGCUGGGGGGAAAAUGAGUAGGGGGGAAGUUCCAUUUCAGAACUACUUAUAUCAAUCUGAAAUAAGGGACCUGCAGGACCUUCUGGGAACUGUGACGAAGACAAUGUAAGCAAGACAUAAGGAGGGUAACGUUAAUUGUUACAGUUGGUAUAGGAUCAAAAUAACUACAGUUUGAGAGUGCAGUAACAAUUAUUCUCCUGGAAUAAUUUAUUUCCUUGAAAAGCAUUGAACUGGAUGUCCUUUAGUGUAAGUAUAUACUUCCAAUAAAAAAAAUAAAACUGACUUAUAUUCCCCAAAACUAGCUCCUGGCAGCUAACUGUGUUUCUCAGGAGUUUAAAGACUGCUGAGGGAAUGAUCAGAUUCCUGGUUUGUUUUCUGGUCCAUGUAGAUUUCUAUGGAUGGAAGGUGGUUUUUUUUAAGUUUACUUUUCUUGAAGAGAACCUGAUUUUACUGUUACAUGUAUAUGAUUUUGUGUAAAAAAUAUGAUUUUCAUUUAAUGGUAUUGACAGAGAUAUUUCAUCCUGAAUUCUUUUGCAUCUUAUUCUGGAGGUAUCGCCAGCCUGAUCUAGUGAUGUUAAAAUUUUUAUGUUUACAUUAAAAGUAUAGAUAUCUUAUCUAUCUGCACCUUUACUGAAAAUUAAGGAGAGAGACGAUCAAAGCAAAUUAAGCAAAGAAAAUUGAGAUGAUAAGGUUUUCAUAAAAAAGAUAGUUCCUAAUUUUUCUUUGCAGAAGAAAAAGGUUAUAUUUAUACAAGGGUGGGGGUGUCUAUGUUAAAGGAACAUAAGUAGAUUAUAGUGGUUUUUUAUAGUAUUUCCCCAUUUUGUUCUGACAGAUUAGUGAGAUGAUGAGCUGGAGACAGCAGGAUUUGCUCAUGGAUGAGACAGAUGCUAGCCUGACUUGUAUUUGUGUUCAGCUGCUAACCUCGCAUCCCUCUAAAGACAACUCCAUGUUUUGGCUCUUCAGACUUUCCCAGGGAAGGCUCUGUUGCAUGUAUAGUAAGUCCAGAGUAUGAGCAAAGCCUGUCAGGAGAUGGGCAGCUGGAAGAGUAGUGGUGAAGUGAAGUUUGGAGCUUCACUUGGGUUUGGGGGGUGAUGGGUGAGAGGGUGCUGAGUAGAGCUUCUCAGACGGGAUUAAGUAUUUUCAGGUAACGUAUCUACCUUAUGGAAGGUGCAGAUAUAUCAUCAGUACUGGUGCAGUUAUCCAAAAGGCAUAAAUUUAAGUGUUCGAUAUCUUCAGGGUUUUUUUUUUUUUUAGGUUUAUGAAACUGAUGUAUUGCCAUUUUUCUUUGUUUUUGAUUUCUCAUUCUUUUGUGCAAUAUUCACAAAAGUAUUAAACUACUGUUCAGUAUGUGUGUACAGAGGCAAUUACGCGUUUUAACAAGUGAAUAAACACAAAAGAAAAGAACAGAAUUGCACUUUAAAUGAGCUUUAUUGCUUGGAGUUGUGCCUAAAAUAAUCUAGAUGCCUCCUGCUGUGUGUGGCUUUUGUUUGAAACCAAUUUCCCCGGUAGUGUUGCUGUUUCCAAGGUAUUUUCACAUCACUUUCACAGAAUCGAUACGCACUCUAGCAUGUUAAAAAAUAUUCAUAUAGUGUACUGAGUUUUUGUUGUGCAAUGACUUUAAUUUAACCGUGGAAUUUUAACACUGAAGAUGCAGCCAGAUUAUUAUUACCUUCCCCUUCCCUGAAGCCAGCACUUCCUACUGCCAAUCAAAGCCCAUGGCUAAAAUUCCCUAGGACUAGCAUAGCUCUGAAAGAAUAACGGCCCCAGCCCAUGUUUUUGUUUGAGAAAAGAAGUGCAAUAUUAUCUCAGACUUUCUCCAAAUAAUCACAAAGGCCCUGAAAAUCUGAAACGACGCUGAAUUUCGAUACAGUUCAAAAAAAAGUUUGUUCCUCAACUUUACAUCUUGUAGCAGUGAGACUGCACAUAGCAAGUAGACUGCAUCAUUGCUCAGUAAACUUCAUUUCAUCCUUGGUCUAAAUGCCAAUUUGUUGUAAUGAUGCUGGAAAGCUGGGUACCAUUUGCUUGAUUUCCUUUGUCUGCAUGUCACAACCAUAUGCACAUUCUAAAGUGUCAUACUUGGGUAGGUUGCAUGUUGGGGGGGAAGUGUUUCUGGUUUUGCACAGCACAUAAUCCUCUUAAUAUGGACGUUUUCUUGCUUUACAAAUGGAAAUCAGUUCUUGAAUUGGGCUUCCGUAGCUAUUCCUUAUCUCGUUACAGAGGCUUUUUCUGAGCAGAGUGGGUUUAAUACAUGAUCCUGGUGGUAGGUCUCAGUAUAGUCAUCUUACAACGAUGCUAUCAAGGAAAAUCAGUCACUGUUGUGGUAAAGCUGCUCACUGCCUACUUAAUUGUAAAAGCACCACCGUCAAACGAAUAUAAUUCCAGUGUAACCAGAUCUUAAAUUCAAUAAUAGCUAAAACAAGAGGUACUCUUACUAUCUGCUUUGUUUUUGGUUUUUUUAACCCAGGCCAGAGUAAAUACUGUAUAUUGGAAUUUGCUUGUAAAGUUGAUUCAAAAACCUGUAUGUAAAAUUCUUUCCUCAAUGUUGCUCUAGUGAAUAAAAAUAAAAGUCAUAAUUCUAAUAAGUA